UACAGAAACUACAUUUCUUUCUGAACUUUACAAUUUCAUAUUUUAGUCAUUGUUACUAAGCUAUAUGAUUUUAUUCACAUGCGCAUUGUUCUUCUUGAUAAUAACUCGGAAAGGCACAUUUAUACGCAUUAGAAACAACAAAGUGUUCUUUUUUUAUAACUAUAAACAAACCAAAAUCAGAGAAAUACUUCACAUUAAUAUUUGUAUACAGUUGUUUAUACUUCGUUAAAAUGUUUCAUUCAAAAGUCUCGAUAGAUAAAUUACGGUGUUAAAACCAAAUGCGUAACAUUAGCUUGAUAACACGUGCUAUGUAGAUACAUCACUUUUCUGUACUGCACCUUGCCGUGCGAUUAUGGCUCUAUUGAGCGUUUGUUGAUCGACAUUAAUGAGUUCUCGUGAUUGACUCGACAAAGUGUGACAUGAAUGAACCGCGAUGUUACAGCCGGUUUGACUACGAGGAAAAAAUGUUGGAGAAAAUGGUGAGAAGUGAGAUAAAGAAUGAGGAACUUCUCGCCAAACUAGAAGUGCUGGAAAAGCGACUAACGAACGUUGAAACUGAGGUGGACAAUUCGGUAAUGGAAAUAAAAGAACUAGAAAAGAAACACGAUACCGAACAAGAGGAACAAAAGAAAUCCCUUGACGUAUACGAUCAACGUCUAGACGCUAUUUCCAGGAAUAUUACAGAGAGUGUGCAUCAACCUCCUGUUGCCUUCUUCGCCACCCUGUCGUCCGGUUUUACAACAUCCACCUCCUCUCAAACGAUCGUAUUCAACAACUUUGUCACAGACAUUGGUGGAGGUUAUAAUCCCGGGACAGGAGUGUUCACCGCCCCAGUCGACGGUCUAUACGUGUUUUCAACUUCUUUCAUGGUUGACCUGUCCACGUCGAAGACCUCCGCUAAUUUCAGAAUAAAGAAGAACGGCAAUAUAAUAACGUACCUGAUUGUCAAUGACAGUGACGGUGACUACGAGACAGUCUCGGGCACUGUCAUUCUCUCGUUGCAGGUCGGGGAUAACGUAAUGGUGACAUGCAAUGACAUUGGACGAUCAAUAAUUGGUUUAUAUACUUUCCUAUCUGGUUUCAAAUUAUACUCUGCAUAAAUGAGCACAAGACAUUUAAGUGAAAUGAGCUUGACUUACUAGUUUACGAACAUGUUCUUAAAGUUUUACAAUAAAUUGUAUUGCAAUUCCUUAAAAACUAAUUAAAUUUGUACUUUGGAAAUAAACUAGCUGAUUUUGUGCCUUUUUGUUUGUCAAAAAUAAU